GGGGGCUGGAGGAGCCGCAGCUCUGAGCGCGCAGGGAGCUGCGGGAGGUGGAAGGAGCCCAGCCCGGCGUGCAGCUCCUCUCCCGGGUUAAAUCUACAUUUGUUCUGGAAAGCCGUCAGUCUUGCCACUUUGUUUGGUGUCAUGGUUGCUUGCACAUAUUUAGAUAGUAUCUGUCAGAACACCUACUGAAUAUGGCCCUGAUGGAGACCAGUGCCACCUGAGAGGCACUUUCUUCUCAACCAGAAUCUCACUAGUAACAGAAGAGUGGUAUAUCAGUCACUAUGUACAUUGGUUUUGCACUCCUGAAGUAAACAUGAUGAAAACAGAGUCUUCAGGAGAAAGAUCAACCCUCCGAAGUGCCUCUCCUCACAGGAAUGCUUACAGAACUGAGUUCCAGGCACUAAAAAGCACCUUUGACAAACCUAAAUCAGAUGGAGACCAAAAAACGAAAGAUGAAGGAGAGGCCUCUCAGCAGAGCAGGGGGAGGAAAUAUGGUUCAAACGUCAACAGGAUUAAAAACUUAUUUAUGCAGAUGGGCAUGGAGCCCAGUGAGAGCACUGGAGUUACCCCUAAAACCAGAGGGAAAAGUGGUCCCCUAUCUCCUCAAAGAAGAAUUAGGCCCAAAGAAUUUGUGGAGAAGACAGAUGGCUCAGUUGUAAAACUAGAGUCUUCAGUUUCAGAAAGGAUUAGUAGAUUUGAUACUGUGCAUGAUGGUCCUUCCUAUUCCAAGUUUACUGAAACUCGAAAGAUGUUUGAGCGAAAUGUUCAUGAAAUGGGACAUUCCAAUCGCUAUUCCCCAAAGAAAGAGCGAGUAGUUUCCAAUGAACUCCAAGAUGAGUGGUGUAGCUCAAAGUCUAAUAGAGGCAGUACUGAUUCAUUGGACAGUCUUAGCUCAAGGACAGAGACUGUCUCUCCAACAGUGAGUCAGCUCAGUGCAGUGUUUGAAAACACUGAUUCACAUAGUGUAAUUGUUUUAGAAAAGUCAGAAAACAAUGAAGAAUAUUCUGUAACUGGUCAUUACCCACUAAACCUGUCAUCUACUGUUGCAAAUCUGUCCUCCACUGUUGCAAACCUUGAUGGAUUCAGUCCCUUAAAAGAUGCUAAUGCCUGGUCUUCACCAGCCAAACAAACUACAAGUUCGGUAUCUGCUGAGACCUUUCAGCAAAACAGUACGUCUUCAACACUAAGAGAAGAAGCUUCUAACAGCACUUUGCCAGUAUCCAAAACAAAUGAAGAAAUAAGGAAGAAUAAGGAAGCAAGUUAUGAUCCUGUUGAUGUUUGUGCAGUAACUAAACAAGAAUUGGCCAGCAUCAUUAACAGCGAAAAGCGUGAAGAAUCCUGUACCAGGACUAAGGAAAAAAUAGAUACAGAAGUUUCUUUACAACAAAAAGAACAUUCACAAAAUGCAGAGAGUGCCUGUGUUGACACUGAAGCUGCAGACGUACCAAGAAACUUAGUAGCAGGUGGUGAUUUUGCAACAGAUAUAGCUUCAGAUGCUACUGAAUCCCACUAUGAUGAUGCCAGUGGAAAGGAAGUCCAGGAAGACUUGAAUAACUUUCAGAGUUCACAUGUAUAUAUGCACUCUGACUAUAACGUCUACAGGGUGCGAUCAAGGUAUAAUUCUGACUGGGGAGAGACAGGAACAGAACAGGAUGAUCAAGAUGACAGUGAUGAGAACAACUAUUAUGAACCUGAUAUGGAAUAUGCUGAAGUUAUUGGAUUGCCAGCUGAAGAUGAAAUCCCAGCAAACAGAAAAAUUAAGUUUAGCAGUGCUCCAAUUAAGGUUUUCAACACAUACUCCAAUGAAGACUAUGACCGGAGAAAUGAUGAAGUUGACCCAGUGGCUGCAUCAGCUGAAUAUGAACUUGAAAAGCGCGUGGAAAAACUGGAGCUUUUACCAGUGGAACUAGAAAAAGAUGAAGAUGGACUUGGCAUCAGUAUUAUUGGAAUGGGAGUUGGAGCAGAUGCAGGCCUUGAAAAACUGGGAAUAUUUGUCAAAACAGUAACAGAAGGUGGGGCAGCCGAAAGAGAUGGCAGGAUCCAAGUAAAUGACCAAAUUGUAGAAGUGGAUGGAAUCAGUCUGGUUGGCGUUACACAAAAUUUUGCUGCAACAGUUCUCAGAAACACCAAAGGAAAUGUCAGGUUUGUAAUUGGACGAGAAAAGCCAGGACAAGUAAGUGAGGUGGCUCAGCUGAUUAGCCAGACCCUAGAACAAGAGCGUCGCCAGAGAGAGCUCCUGGAACAGCAUUAUGCACAGUAUGAUGCAGAUGAUGAUGAGACAGGAGAAUAUGCUACUGAUGAAGAAGAUGAAGACAUGGGACCUAUCCUUCCAGGAGGUGACAUGGCCAUUGAAGUGUUUGAUCUUCCUGAGAAUGACGACAUGUUUUCCCCAACCGAGCUGGACACCACUAAGCUUGCUCACAAAUUCAAAGAGUUGCAAAUCAAACAUGCAGUUACAGAGGCUGAGAUUCAAAAGCUGAAGACAAAGCUACAGGCUGCAGAGAAUGAGAAAGUGAGAUGGGAACGGGAGAAGUCCCAGCUCCAACAGAACAUUGAGGAGAAUAAGGAAAGGAUGAUGAAACUAGAGAGCUACUGGAUUGAGGCCCAAACCCUGUGUCACACUGUAAAUGAACACCUCAAAGAGACUCAAAGCCAGUAUCAGGCUUUGGAGAAGAAAUAUAACAAAGCAAAGAAAUUGAUCAAGGACUUUCAGCAAAAAGAACUUGACUUCAUCAAACGCCAGGAAGCUGAGCGAAAAAAAAUAGAAGAACUGGAGAAAGCGCACCUUGCAGAGGUUCAAGGCUUACAAGCUCGCAUUAGAGACUUGGAAGCUGAAGUUUUCAGGCUGUUGAAGCAAAAUGGGAGCCAGGUUAACAAUAACAACAACAUUUUUGAAAGGCAAACAUCUUUUGGAGAAGUUUCCAGAGGAGAUCCAGUGGAGAGCCUAGAUGUAGAGCAAGUGUCUUGCCUGGAUGGCUUAAGUCAAGAUUUCAAUGAAGCAGUCCCAGAAACAGAGAGGCUGGACUCCAAAGCACUGAAAACUCGAGCCCAGCUUUCAGUAAGGAACAAACGGCAGAGACCUACUAGAACAAGGCUCUAUGACAGUAUCAGUUCAACUGAUGGAGAGGACAGCCUUGAACGAAAGAAUUUCACAUUCACUGAUGACUUCAGUCCCAGCAGCACAAGCUCAGCUGAUUUGAGUGGUUUAGGAGCAGAACCGAAAACCCCUGGUUUCUCUCAUUCCUUAGCAUUAUCAUCAGAUGAGAGCCUGGAUAUGAUUGAUGAUGAGAUCCUUGAUGAUGGACAGUCUCCUAAACACAGUCAGUGUCAGAAUCGUGCUGUUCAGGAAUGGAGCAUACAGCAAGUUUCCCACUGGUUAAUGAGCCUCAACUUUGAACAGUAUGUUUCUGAAUUCACCGCCCAAAACAUUAAUGGAGAGCAUCUCCUUCAGCUGGAUGGGAGUAAGCUUAAGGCCCUUGGUAUGACAUCUUCCCAGGACAGAGCAAUCAUUAAAAAAAAGCUAAAGGAAAUGAAAGUGUCCAUCGAGAGAGCUCGAAAAGCUCAAGAGAAAAUGGAAAAGCAAAGGGAAAAGCUUAGGAAGAAAGAACAAGAGCGGCUUCAAAGGAAGUCAAAGAAACUAGACAAGUCUUCAUCAGAUGCAACAGAGGGCGCUAAUGAGCAAUGAUGAGCCAGAACUACUACUAUGUUAGUUAAUGUGGAGACACUUCAGGCAAAGAAACUCAAGUUGUCUACAGUACCCCUCCCAUUUUCUUGUGGUCAUUACACAGGAAUAUGUACACAAAUAUGAUGCUAUAAAUAGAAUGAAUAGGGAAGUUUAUAUUGUCUGGCUACA